UUGAAAUGUGGGAAAAUAUCAAAAAGUUCAAGGGAGGCUAAUAUUUUUGCUAGGAACAGUAUAUCAUCAUAAACGAAACAAGACAAGAGACUUUGGGGGAUUAGGACAUGGAUACUGAGUGUUUGCAUUUGGAUGUAUAAGCGCUAUUUAAUUGGUCUAACGCAUUUACAGCAUGACAGCUAAAGCUAAUCUGUUUUAGCAAAGAUAGGUCAGCUCUGUGUCUGCCUGUCAGCAAGCUGCCGAGUGGGUCAGUAUUAAACAACUCGUGUAUUGUUUUACUUUUAUUUUUUUGUGCCUCUGGGUUUGGACUAAAUACGAUUAAUGGAACUUAUAGUGCCUCUGUCCAACAUAUUUCAGAAGGUAAGUGUUGAGUGAACUUGAACUAGUUGGACCCUUAGUCGUGUCGGACAGGCUGAUAUUGGGUGUGGAGUGUUAGACCUCCCUGGUGUAGGAUGCAGACCCAUGUUCCAGUUCCGCGACCCGCUUACUCCCAGGCCAGGGAGAACCUGGUAAAAGCAAUCCCGCCCAAGCUCCUGUGUCUACUUGCCUGUGGGGGAGUGGACUGCCGUUAUGAAGGACCAGAGUGUUGGAAAACAAACCAGCAGGUCAUCAGAGGCAUUUUCUCAUCAUGGGUGACUGAUGACAUCAUCGCCAUGGCGCGACCUUCCAAAAUCUUGAUUGACAAGUAUAACAUCAUUGAGCAAUUCCAGCGAUUAAAUAUCAGAUCCAUCAUAAACAUGCAAAUGCCAGGCGAGCAUGCUCACUGCGGACCCCCCUUGGACCCCAAGAGUGGCUUCACGUACUCGCCGCAGACCUUCAUGGAGAAUGACAUUUACUUUUACAACUUUGGGAUGCCAGACUUCUGCGUGUCUUCCUUGGUCAACAUAAUAGAUGGAGUAAAGGUGCUGGCCUUCGCAGUAGGGGAAGGCAGGGUUGCUGUGCACUGCCACGCAGGCCUUGGCAGAACAGGUGUCCUGAUAGCCUGCUACUUAAUCUACACUUUGCGCAUCACUCCCAGCGAGGCUGUCCAUUACGUUCGCAUCAAGAGGCCGCGCUCCAUCCAAACUCGAGCACAGAUCAGCCAGGUGUUCGACUUCGCUCGGCUGCUAAGCACACAGCUGGUGCAAUACCCAGACCUCAGCCUGCGACACGGAUCCCCCGUCACUCUGCAGCACUACCUCAACCGUCAGGCGCUUCUGUUGCACGGCCAAGAGGCCCGCACGCUCAGACACAUACCAAAGGUGGUGUACCUCUUGUGUGUGCACCUCUCCUGCUUGGCGAUGGGACUACCCGCAGCUCCGGAGGUAAAUGCCGAACUGGAGAAGAGGUCAGCACUUAGGAUCCUGACCAGAGUGGUGAGGGAGACCCUGGUGUCUAAACAGUUCCUGCCCUUACUGAGGGAACAUCACAACAUCAAACGGGUGGGCUCGGGCUCCGUGUCCUCCUGGGAUGAGCAACUGGGAUUCAUGGAGAGGAAGAGGGAUUUGCUUCUGGACAAGCGCAGCUACAGUGACUCUGACCUCUGCAAGAUGGUGGAUCUGGAGAUGAGUCCCUGGUGUGCAUGGGAUGUGAUAGAACCUGACCUGAGACCACUGAGCUCCAAGACUGCCACACUUUCACCACAAAUGAUCACCAAGAACCAUUCGCAUGCACGCUUUAUGCGACCAAGCAACAACUCCGCUAGGAACUUAAAGUGUACGGUCAAAAAGGCUCAAUCCAAGUACAGCUCCAACAUGGAGUUGUCCAGGAGCACACAGAAUGUGCGCCCGACCUCAGUGGCUCGUGCAAUUGCUAAGGCAAUGGCGGACCAAGAUCCACCGGAAGAAACCAUUCUGAGGCGAUCGUCUCUUCUACAGGAGGAGCUGAACAGCAGCGAAUGUGGCUGGGCUCUUUUGGUGACAGAGACGGAUGCUCGGGUUCUCACGUGUCUGCUGUGGACCUGGCUUGAGAAGCUCAAAGAGCCUGUUCUUGGUGCCGAGGAUAUAGUAAGGUUAAGUUGUGUGGGACGCAACAGGAAGCCUCUUAGUGUACUCAAGAAGUCACAGAGGAACACUAUCUAUUGUCUCUUGCGUUGUGUCAACACGGUGACCAGCCUGUGUCCACACAGAGAAGAUGCAGUGCUGAAGCGUCUGCUCCGAGCACUGACAAAGCGGCCUCAAGAGGACAUGCAAAACCUUGCAAGUUUAAUAAAACUCAUGAGGGCCCAUUUGAGGGAGACGCUUCCCAACAACAGUUACAUCCAGAGGGCCUGCAGCUGCAAUGCUGCACUUUGAUUUUUUUUUUCUUUACUAUGAAUGGGUCAAAGAACUAGCUUGGGCGAUUGUGGUUACAAGAGUGCAUGGUCCGUUACUGACAAACUUGGUGAUUUUCAUUUGAUUGUAAUAUGUCUGCGGCCUAGAAUUUUUUUAAAAUUAAAACUUAACUAUUGCGUUAGCGUAGAUUAGUUAGAGACUAUGUCAUGUUCCAGUUUAUAGAUCAGAGCUCUGCUGUAAACCGAGCACUCCCUUAAAUUCUUAAGUUUUUAAAUCUUGAUGAUUUCAAAACUGCAGUAGAGUAGUAAACGUUUGGCUAACUCAUGUCAACCAUUAAUGUGCAAACUCCAUUUUGCCGUGUUGGCGUUCUAUGCAUGAUGGAUCAUUGUCACUUUUUUUAAAUUUUUUUUUUAGCAAUUACAGAACAUUGAAACAAGUCACACUGAACCAUGACUGUUUUCUGAGUCAUUCACACAUUACCUUCUCUUUAAUAACUAUUUCGAGAUUUUUAUAUAUACCUGAUCACCAUGACAUCACAGGCACGAAUGUACAUCAGGGUGGGGAAAACUCUGAUUGCACCACUAUUAUUGAAAUGCUUACAUGUUAUUUGACCAAGGCAGACCAAGUGAGAAAACAGGGUAAAUGGCUGGAAAAAUGAUUUUGUCUUUUUCUCAACCAACCGGAGUGUAGAUGUGUUAAGUGACUGUCAUAAAAUAUGCUAAUAUAUGAGGUAAAUUGCUUCCAAGGGGAUCCAAACAA